UAAAUAAAAUUAAAUACAUUUUUUAAAAAGGGAUACUGAGGCAUAGAGAGGCAAGGAAGGCUCCCAGUGGAGGGAUCUAUCUGGUCAAGGUUUGCAGGCCCCACCGCCAGAGGGAAGGCCCCGUCCUGGCGCCAUCACCGGUGCCAGCCGCAGUCCUGGUAAGAGCAACUGCAACCCAACUCGGCCGCCCAUCCCCGCUGUCGCCACGGCAACAGCCUGUGCGCAUGCGCUUUUGGGCACGCUCGCCCGGGCUGGAGGCACGCGAAGCCAGACGCACGCCGGGCGGAAGGAGGCCCGGCGGGCAGGGUGGCGGGAGAGCCAGGCUGGCUUUUAAAGGGACCAUCGCUGUCCUCUGCCCAUCCGCUGGUAGGGACUGCUGACGGUGAGGGCUGAGUGGCCCCGGGAAUGGGGAUCGAGGAGUUAGAAGAGCAGCAGGGCUGUGCGAGCAUUCUGCCACCGCUACCCUGUCGGGCUGCUCGGCCAUGGCCCGGCCUCCUGCCCCGGGCUCGGUGAUUGUCCCGGACUGGCACGAGAGCGCCGAGGGCAAGGAGUACCUGCCCUGCAUCCUGCGCAGGAACCGCCGGCGCAUGUUUGGGCUGCUUGAGCGGCCAGUGCUGCCCCCUCCUGUGGCCAUCGACACUGCCAGCUACAAGAUCUUCGUGUCUGGGAAGAGUGGUGUGGGCAAGACAGCGCUGGUGGCCAAGCUGGCUGGCCUGGAGGUGCCCGUGGUGCACCACGAAACUACAGGCAUCCAGACCACCGUUGUAUUUUGGCCAGCCAAGCUGCAGGCCAGCGACCGUGUCGUCAUGUUCCGCUUUGAGUUCUGGGACUGUGGGGAGUCUGCACUCAAGAAGUUUGAUCACAUGCUGCCGGUGAGCAGGCAGGCUUGCCAGGAGAAAACAGACGCCUUCCUCUUCCUCUUCUCCUUCACCGACCGUGCCUCCUUUGAAGACCUCCCUGCACAGCUGGCCCUUGUGGCAGGUGAAGCCCCUGGUGUCGUCAGGAUGGUCAUCGGCUCCAAAUUUGACCAGUACAUGCACACGGAUGUGCCCGAGCGUGACCUCACAGCCUUCCGGCAGGCCUGGGAGCUGCCCCUCCUGCGGGUGAAGAGUGUACCAGGGCGGCGGCUGGCUGAUGGCCACACGCUGGAUGGGAGGGCUGGGCUGGCUGAUAUCGCCCACGUGCUCAAUGGCCUUGCUGAGCAGCUGUGGCACCAGGACCAGGUGGCAGCUGGUCUGCUUCCCAAGCCCCCACCCCCAGAGAACACCCCUGGCUGAGGGCUGGUGGCAUCCCAAAUGGGCAUCUGUAAUCUCCACUACCUCCCUUAGGUAACCCAGGUUGGAAGGCAGGACCUAGGGCCUAAGGCUGAGACAGACUUUUUUUUUUUAAGUGUAUCUAUUUUAUUCAUGAUAGUCGAUAUACAGCCACACACAUGAGAAAGACAGAGAACAAGACAGUCACCCUCACCUCCAUAAUCUCCUUCCUCCAGCCCGCUAGUUAUCAGGAUUUUGGGCACACCUGCCUGGUGUGUUUCAGGUCAGUGAGGAACCCAAACCAUGGUCGGCCAUGUGGCUUCCAGCACGGCAGUUCGGUAUGUUGCCACCUGUGCCAGAGGCUGGGCCUAGCAGAAAUACUGAUCCCACCUCGAAGGCUAGCCAGUGAUGUCUGGUCAGGGAGGACAUGACCCGAGAAGGCUCCUGCUGGAGCAACCCUUUCUUGGCAGCGUUCAUGGCAGUGAGGGUCGGGAGUGGGCACUGGGCUCUGGGGAAGGGACCCGGAGUUCAGACAUCUCCUCUCCCUUCUCAUUGCCCUCCCCACUCUGGUGACACCAAGGGAGGGUGACUGGGUGCCUCAGCAGGGCCCUGGACCUCAAGUGACUUCAAUCAAGCACCUCUAUCAGUUGAGGAAGCACCAUCUGUUGUAACACAUAAACCUGGAAAUCUCAGCGGUUAA